AUUUCAAAGUCAGUGUCAGUUUUGUUGGUGUGCUGGUGAAGAUAACAAAGGAAAAUAAUUUUCGGAAAUUUUGCUAAAAUAUUUUGCUCAUUGGCAAAAAUUGAAUCGCCAAAUACCUUAGAGUGUGCAAUAUUUUUCGGUAAAUUGUUGCCCUACCAUAAAAUUAGAUACAUAUCACACACGUUCUACAAAUACUGCAGGACCAGUCUCGUUCUGGCAAUGAAAGUGAGUUUUUUUAAUGGGUGGGUGGUGAACUGUUGAUAUUUUUGUGGAGUUGCAUUUCUGUAAACGUAUAAAGGUUAUAAGUUAUAACUUAUAACUGGUCCAUCUAGGCUGGAGUUUGACUAGUCAAACUUGAUCUUCAGAGGUUGCUAGCUUUUUAUCUGUGUAUCUUCGUUCCAUUGAGAACACAGUGGUAAAAAUAUUGAAAAAUGGACGCUACGCCUAAAACCAUUAAUAUGGAGGAGUUGGACAAAUGCCUCGUAGAAUUGAAAGAACUUAUACGAGAUUCAGAAGAUAAAUACCUCAAUGCAUUCAUAAACGAGGACGAGUAUUUAAAAACGUUCAUAGUCGGGAGGAAGUUUAAUGUGCAAAAUGCGUUUGACACUGCGAAGAGUUUCAUGGCAGCAAAGCAUGGAAAAUACCGUAAUGUUUUCGAAAUGUCGCCUCAAUCUGUAAGUCACGUAAUCGAGAGUGGAUUUUUUGGGACGUUAAAACACCGAGAUGACAAAGGAAGACUGAUCGGCUUUAUGAGAAUUCCAAAACUUGACAUAAAGCGGAUGGAAUUUGACGAAAUUUUACGAACGGCGAUUCUCAUGGUGGAAAACUACUGGUACGAGCAUGAGACGAUAGAUAAGGGUCAAGUGUUUAUUAUCGACUACAGUGGCUACAAUUUUUCAAUCUUUACGAGAUACAGUUUCAACCAAAAGUUAAGUUUUGCGCAGCUAUUUCUCAACAACUACCCCACCAAGAUUAAGGAGGUUCACAUUUACAAUAACCCGAAGCUUGUCGGAAUAACAUAUUCCUUGAUCAGGCCCUUCCUUCCUGAAAAAUUACGCAAAAGGAUAUUUUUACAUGGCCACAACCAAGAAAAUUUACUUAAUCACUUUUCUCCCGACAUUCUCCCGAAAUGGAUGAGUGGCAAUUUAUCGGAUAAGGAAGCAAUUGAUUACACUGUGUCGGAAAAUGCACUUAAUGGUGGUGUGGAAUUUUACGAUGAUAAUAAUGCCUCUGCCCUUAAGCAGGGAUAACAACUUGUUAUUAUUAAACAGUCAAUAUGCAAAAGUUACACAUACGCACAUACAUAAGUAAGCAAGUAAACCGGUGUAAAUUAAAGUCUGCUCAAGUUAUUAUUUACCAUAUAUGUAUUCACGUUUUAAAAAUACCUGUGAUGCAAGCACGUAAUUUAAACAAAUAGAUAUGUAAUAAAGUUUUCAACUAGUAUCUAGUCUAAUAAUAAAUUACGGUGUAAAAUUCCA